UGGAAGCCUUUGUCUCGCCUCAACAUGUGUUGCAGCUGCUGUGGAGUAACCCAACAAAAGGUCUGGGUCUUUGGCCUUGGAACCCUUUUCGCGGUCUCUGGACUUUUGUUCAUAAUAUGGUGGCCAGGCUUUAUAGACUCGGAGAUUAUGAAGGCCCUGCCAUUGACAAACACUUCGAAGACCUUCGAAAAAUGGGAGGAGCUGCCCAUUCCCGUCUAUGUGUACAUGUAUCUUUGGAACUGGACAAAUGCCGCAGAUGUGCAGGCUUAUGGAGUGAAACCAACUUUCGCACAACUAGGUCCGUAUGUAUAUCGAGAGGAGAGAAAGAAAAUGGAUCUGGAGUGGCAUGAUAAUGGAACGGUGACCUUUAACCCGAGGAGAACUUGGUUCUGGGAGGAAGAACUGUCCGGUGGCAAGCAAACGGAUCUAAUUACUGCACCCCAUUUACCUUCGCUGGCUGCAGCCAACCAAAUGAGAAACAGCAACGCCUUCCUAAAGAUCAUGUUCAACCAGGCUCUAAAUGCGAAUGGAGGACAUCUCUUUGUUACCCACACGGCAGCCGAAUGGCUCUUUGACAGUUUCUACGAUGAGUUCCUUCACUACGCCAUGACCCUGAACAAUCCGCUGGCUCCGGAAAUCGAAACUGAUCACUUUGCCUGGUUCCUCAAUCGCAAUGGAUCCAAGGACUUUGAAGGACCCUUCACUGUCCACACUGGCGUAGGUGACAUCAAGGAGAUGGGUGAAAUUAAGUACUGGAAGGGUCAGAAUCACACUGGCUGGUACGAGGGUGAAUGCGGAGGACUCAAUGGCAGCACCACCGAUCUUUUCGUUCCCGACGAGCCCAAGGAGAAGGCCUUGACCAUCUUUAUCCCAGACACUUGUAGAAUUAUCAAUUUGGAAUUUACAGGAGAGAGUGAAACAAUUCAGGGAAUCACGGGAUGGAAAUAUGAAAUAACACCGAACACCUUUGACAAUGGCCAGAUAAAUGGGAACGCGAAGUGCUGGUGUCCUUCGGAGAGACAACCGGAUAACUGUCCUGCCACUGGAGCCACUGAUUUGGGGCCUUGUGCCGAGGGAGUUCCCAUGUACUUGUCUGCGGAUCAUUUUAUGUAUGCCGAUGAGAGCUAUGGCAAUACGAUCAACGGUUACCAGCCGAACUAUGAUCAAAAUAACUUCUAUAUCAUUAUGGAGCGCAAGAUGGGUGUGCCCUUGAAAGUCAACGCCAAUGUCAUGAUCACGUUGUUCAUAGAAUCAGAUAGCAUUAUCGACAUCCUGAAGGACCUUCCCAGUUUCUAUGCACCUCUCUUCACCACCGCCAGUCGAGCAGAAAUUGAUGAAGCACUGGCUUCAGAACUCAAGUUGGCACUCAAUCUACCUGCUAUUGGCAGGUACACGGGAGUUGGAUUUUUGUGCUUGGGUUGCGUUCUCAUAGCUGUUGGUGUCUUAUUAACCGUUAAGAGGAAAUGGUAUGGACAAGCUGAAUCGGAUAGGUUGACUCUCAAAGAUAACGAAGUAACCCCGAAUGACCCAGAAAAUGUGGAGAAUGAUGUUGACCGAAACCAGUAAUUUAGUAUUAACAUUUUGAUUUGGUAAUAACACAUAAAUGUGAUUUAAAAAUGAUUUUGAUGUGAUAAGUAACCAUAAACUUUUUUUUGAUUUAGUAA